UAAAAGCCCCCCUUCAUCUCAAAUCUUCAGCCUCUGCAAACCACAACCUUCACCCUCUUGGAGUCUCUGCAAGUCUGCAACAGAGUGAGCUUAGUGGUGUAGAGACUAGCGAAAUCAUGCUCGAAGACUUACUUCCAUCGAUCUGGGCUUCUGUGUAUGGUUGGUUUACCCCAACUGUGCUUUUCGUUCUUUUGAAUCUGAUGAUCGGUACCAUCUUCUUCACUUCAGGUUUUGGAACCCAGAAAAAUCAAGCUAUGGAAGGGAAACAACCCCCGUUAACUCGAGCUCCUUCCGUUCUGGAGCGACUCAAAUCCAUCAAUCUCUACCGCUACAGAUCCGGAGAGAUAAACCCAUUUCCCUCCGUCACAACCACCGUACAGCCGGCGGAGCCGUUGACCUAUCAAACGAUGGAGCAAGAGCAACCAGGCCAUGAGGAGGAGGAGGAGACCCUAGAUCACCACCUAGAACAUGGAGAUGAAAAGCAGGUUGACGACCAUCACGUCAAAAGGUCGAUGUCGGACACGAAACCGGCCUCCGGCGACAUUCCGGUGAAGCUGCCUCAGAAGAUGAAGAAGUCGGCGAGUUCGAAAUCGGCUUUUGGUCAUUUCGAAGAAGAGGAGAUUGUCGAUCGUCGUAGACCGUCGACUGUGAAGGAAAGGAAGAGCAGAGCAAAUGAAUUACAACACUUUGGAGAGGACGAUGAGGUAGAUGCGAAGGCAGAUGACUUCAUCAACAGGUUCAAGCAACAGUUGAAAUUGCAGAGGCUUGACUCGAUUAUCCGAUACAAGGAAAUGCUUACCAGAGGAGCCAAGUGAUGAUAAGUGAAGUAGUAGCAAACCCUUUUUUUAGUUUUUCUUCAUGUUUACCUUUUUCAGAAUCUUAGGAGUUGAUUCCAAGUUCCAAACUUCUUUAUUUAGGGUAUAAUUGAUGCUUGUAGAUCUAAAUCCAUCUUCGACUCAGUGUUUUAUACAUAUGCCCGCUUAUUAAAUUCCGUAAUUUUUUUGUUUCCA